AUUUAACACGAAUAUCAUUAUUCAUUCUCUCCUUUUCGUUUUUUUUUUUUUUGGUGUUGCUGCUGUACGUCCUCUUCUAUAACCAUAGUCAACACCACCAAAUCUUUGAACUUUAAGCAUUGUUACGGGCUCGAUUACUGCUGCGGUUACUGUGGUCACGUCCUUAGUAGCUCCUUCGACUCCCUUUAUAGCAGGUCUUCAAAGUUGUUACUGAAAGACGGCUGAGAGGAAUUUGUGGAAGCAUCAGCUCUUGUCGUGUUAGGGUUUGAUAUUUGACACUCACAGGCAGAAUUGUUCGGCAUUAUACGUGGCUCAUUUUAUAACACGUUAAUUUAUUAACAGUUCCAUUUUGGGGAAAAUUUUUGAAAUCUCUAUUACCGGAACGAAUCUUGAUAGUUUCCUGACGACAAUUGAGUAUUUCUUUGAACAACCGUUCAUUUAAUUAGACGACAAUUUAUUGUCUCUAAAUACGUCUACUCGUAUACUGCCUACAAUCUUAAAAGUAAAAGUAAUCGCCAUACGGUCUUUAUUCGUCUUUCUUUUGCUUCUAGUUUUUGAGACUUAUAUUCCCUAGCUUCUUUUUACAAUCAGCAUGGCAGAAGAAAAUACAUGGGGCGACGAUGUUGACAAUCUUUGGGGUGAAGACGAAGAUGAAAAUGACAGUUUUGGCACAUCAAGCUUUCACAUGGAAGAAGUCGUGUAUGAUAACGUAAAAAAGACUGUACAGACGAAACAAUAUAAGCCUUUAAAAAGGAAAGCGGAAAAGCGACCCCUAAAGGCAACUCCUGAAACAGUCGACGUUGACGUUGAUAUACCUAUUCCGGAUGAGAUUACGGAGGACGAGUUGAAUGCAGAGGAAAACGGAAAAGACGAUAAGGAGAGUGAUGUUUUAAAACUUUGGAAAAGGUCCGAGAAAAACACGAUGCCUGAAGUUGCCCAAUUUCAAGAAGUUUUUGAUGACGUGCCAGACGAAGACACUGUCAAUAAGCUGCGCGGUGCUUUUCGUAAAGAUUCUCUUAAAGCACAGGAUCAACAAAAAUCAACACUGAAAACUGCCUCUGUUCCUACAGUUACAAUUACGGCAAAACCCCGGACUCAAAUGCGCAAGACCUCUUAUGGCUCGCCGUUAUCCUCUUCAACGACUACAAAUUCUUCGAGAUCUUCUUUCAGAGAAAAAAUUGACAUCUCAAAUGAACAACAACCUGUGGCACUCGCCGAGAACGAGCAAAACUCGCCUUGGCGGUUUUUACCUCCAGUUCCUACCGAGAAAGAGCUGACUACUGAUAGUCCGGAGCUACUGGAAAAUGAUGUUUAUUCACCUUACCUGUCAUUUGAGCACUAUUUGACAACUCACUACCUCCUGUUGCGUGAUGAUGCAUUAUCUCCUCUGCGUAACUGUGUGCUUCGAUAUAAAGAGAAUCCCAGCCAAUGCCGGUCGGACCCAGAGUUUCUUGCGGGUACGAACUUGGCUGUUUAUGACCACGUUCACAUUUGUGGAUACACACUUUCUCGAGGAUUUGUUGCCACUAAACUGAAAUUCACAGUUUGUUCCUCAAAGCGCGUGAAAUGGAAAAAUUCCCGUCGACUUCUUGCAGGUUCUUUAGUAUUGCUGAGUGAUAAUGACUUUAAAACAUUCCGUGUUGGUACUGUUGCUGCAAGACCUCUUUCGGGACUGGAAAAGUAUCCGUACGAAGUUGAUGUUAAAUUUGAUGACCUGCUGUUACCGCUUGACAGUCGCAAAGAAUAUGUGAUGAUCGAAUCGUUGACGGGUUAUUGGGAAGCUUACAAGCACGUACUCACUUCACUCCAACGACUGCAUGAAAGGAGAUUCCCAUUCAAAGACUACCUUGUUCAUUGCAGCAAGGAAAAAGAAGUUGUCCGUCGUGUUCAGGCUAAUCCAAUGAUUAACGUGCGCUCUAUUCUUCAAAACAAUGAAUCAGUUGCCGUAAAUAUCCUUGAUCGUUUGCCCGAAGAAGAGGAGUACAUGCUAGAUGAGUCCCAGCUUAAAGCAUACCAAAGUAUUUUGACGAACAAACUAACGUUGGUGCAAGGCCCUCCAGGAACCGGUAAAACAUUUGUCGCAUUAAAGGCUAUCCAGACAUUGCUUGACUCUGCUGACAGAAUGCUGUAUCCCAUUAUCAUCGCCUGUCAAACCAAUCAUGCUGUAGAUCAGCUUCUCAUGAACUUAAUGGACAAUGGUGCGAAUGUUAUUCGGCUAGGCGCACGUACAAAAGAACCUAGAAUCAGGGAAGUUAUGCUUAGCAAUUUGAACCGUGCUUCUAAAAAGGCAAACUGGAAACCAUUCAAAGAAAUUAACAACAAGCGGGUGGCAUUGAAAAAGCGGAUGAGAAACUUAUGUCAGCCCUUUAAGGAUACGGAGUUUGUUGAGCUAAACUAUAUGCGUCAACGCAAAAUUAUUUCUGAAACUCAGUACCGUUCUUUAGUGAAAAACACGGAUUGGUUAACAACCGACAUGGAUACAGAUGAACAAUCUGAGGCAGAGUUACUCAAAAUUUGGCUCGGCGAAAGCAAAAUGCAUGUGGUCAAUGCCACGGAACUAUUGGAUGGAGUGGAGCAGGAGCAUGUAAUUGAAGAAGAAAUGUUAGAGGAAAUACAAAAGGAAGUGGCUGAUGAAUUGGAUUAUGACGAAGAACUGCAAGGAGAGUAUAUUGACCUUUCAAAGGAAUUUGUUCUUCAUUUAGACAUUAGUGUCACUGAUAGGGAGUUGGAGAACUACCUGUCUUUGGACAACGUUUGGGACAUUCCCGAACACAUUCGGGGUGUUGUGUACAAUCACUGGCUUCAAGCAGCAUUUGCCGAUGCUGAGGAAGAACUCUAUGAAUUGAAUGCAGCGUACGCUCGUCUUGAUCGUCGAGACCGUUCACUCGUUGCCGAGAAAAAAGCACAUUUGCUUCACAGUGCCAACGUGGUUGGCAUGACUACUACAGGUUUAAACAAGUAUAGGAAUAUUCUUGAGGCUCUUCAUCCUAAAAUCUGCUUCGUGGAAGAAGCAGCCAAUGUUUUAGAGGGACCCGUUAUCCCAGCAGUGUUCCCAACGCUUGAGCAACUAGUGCUUAUUGGUGAUCACAAGCAAUUGCGACCUAUUUGCUCCACCUUUGCGCUUUCGAAGGCACCUUACAACCUGACAAUUUCAAUGUUCGAGCGUCUUGUGGAAAACGAUUUCCCCCUAAGUGUGUUGAGCGUGCAGCGUCGUAUGCAUCCUUCCAUCAGCAGGCUGCUAGAAGAUGUAUACCCGGCAUUGCGAAACCACAAAACUGUCACUCAUCGGUCAGCCGUUCCCGGUAUGGGCGACUAUCGAGUGUACUUUUUGAAUCAUGAGCACGUAGAAGAUGUGGCUCAAGAUACUUCCAAAUGCAACAAUUACGAAGCCGAAUUUCUAGUUUCGUUAGCAAUGUACUUAGUCAAAAAUGGAACCAGGCCCGAACGGAUUACGAUUCUGACCUUCUAUGCAGCCCAACGGACGUUGAUGGAACAGCUACUGCACAGAAAUGCGAAAAGCGAUUCAGAUAUCACGUCCAUAAAAAUAACCACCGUGGAUGGAUACCAGGGUGAAGAGAACGAUGUCAUUCUUCUUUCCCUUGUUCGUUUCAACAAAGAAGGCAAGACUGGUUUCUUGAACUCUGAUCAUCGUGUUUGUGUGUCUUUGUCUCGUGCAAGAUGUGGACUAUACAUUGUUGGCAAUGCUUAUACAGCAGCUGAUGCAAGCAAUACAAUGUGGCAUGCUAUUAGCAAGUUGGACAAUGAAGAUACACCUUUCAUUGGAGAUACCAUUCCGCUAAUGCCACUUGGAAAAGAAGAGCCUAUUCAUGUGAAGGAUGCCAUUGACGUUCAAAAGCUCCUUCUUGAACUUGAUGUAAAUGAUACAAACGAGUAAAAGAGAGAGAGACAGAGAGGGUCUUGUGAAAAAGACACCGCUUUUCUUUUUUGACCGUACGAAUAAAAGGUUGGAUAUAGCAUAGAAAGUCGUUCCACACCCAUUCUUUAUGUUUAUCUCUCAUUCAUGAACUAUAUACCAUUCAGUGCAUUUUACCAAUGCUAAAAAAAUAAUUAAUUUUUGUUCUAUAAAAGAAUAAAGAAAGGUGUGUCUAUCCAAA